CGCCCCCCCCAGGGCAGCGCGGACCGACCGAGGGAGUAAGAAGUGCAGGAACGGUGCGUGGGGUUCGGGGCGCGGGGCGCGGGAGUCGGAGCCGUAGCCGCAGCCGCGCCAGCCCGGGGGGCCGCCGGCACGAUGCCGCUCGCCCAGCUCGGGGAGCCCUGGCCGCUCACCGAGCUACUUCCACUGGAUCCGGAGAAUGGGCAAAUUCCCGGAGAAGACACUGGAAGACAUGCCUCCAAGGCUUCCACAGAUGUCCCCUGGACAGAGAGAGAUUCGGCCUCCUGCACCCAGAAGGAUGAUGGCAUCGUCAAAGAGAUAUCCAUUACUCACCAUGUGAAGGAGGGCUCAGAAAAGGCUGACCCCUCCCAGUUUGAGCUCCUAAAGGUCCUGGGCCAGGGCUCCUUUGGCAAAGUCUUUCUGGUGAGGAAGAUCACCCGCCCAGACAAUGGACACCUCUAUGCCAUGAAGGUGCUCAAGAAAGCAACCUUGAAAGUUCGUGAUCGAGUCAGGACCAAGAUGGAGAGAGACAUCCUAGCCGAUGUCAACCACCCAUUUGUGGUGAAGCUUCACUAUGCCUUCCAGACCGAGGGGAAGCUCUAUCUCAUCCUGGACUUCCUCCGGGGAGGAGACCUCUUUACACGCCUCUCCAAAGAGGUCAUGUUCACAGAAGAAGAUGUGAAGUUCUAUUUGGCUGAGCUGGCUCUGGGCCUAGAUCACCUCCACAAACUGGGGAUCAUUUACCGAGACCUCAAGCCCGAGAACAUCCUUUUGGAUGAAGAAGGUCACAUUAAGCUCACAGAUUUUGGCCUGAGCAAGGAGGCCAUCGACCAUGAGAAGAAAGCCUAUUCCUUCUGUGGGACGGUGGAGUACAUGGCUCCUGAGGUCGUCAACCGCCAGGGCCACACGCACAGUGCCGACUGGUGGUCCUACGGGGUGCUGAUGUUUGAGAUGUUAACGGGCUCCCUGCCCUUCCAGGGGAAAGACCGGAAGGAGACCAUGACUCUGAUUCUCAAGGCAAAGCUGGGCAUGCCCCAGUUUCUGAGCACCGAAGCACAAAGCCUCCUUCGAGCCCUGUUCAAGAGGAAUCCUGCCAACAGGCUGGGCUCUGGCACUGAUGGGGCCGAAGAGAUUAAGAGGCACGUCUUCUACUCUACCAUAGACUGGAACAAACUAUUUCGGCGUGAGAUCAAACCCCCCUUCAAGCCUGCCGUCGCCCAACCUGACGACACCUUCUACUUCGACACAGAGUUCACUUCCCGAACACCCAAAGACUCCCCAGGCAUUCCCCCCAGUGCUGGGGCCCACCAGCUCUUCCGAGGCUUCAGCUUCGUGGCUACUGGCUUGAUGGAAGAUGAUGGCAAGGUCCGGGCCCCACAGGCGCCACUGCACUCGGUGGUCCAGCAACUUCACGGGAAGAGUUUGGUUUUCAGUGAUGGCUACGUAGUGAAGGAAACCAUUGGAGUUGGCUCCUACUCCGUGUGUAGGCGCUGUAUCCACAAGGCCACCAACAUGGAGUAUGCAGUCAAGGUCAUCGACAAGAGCAAGAGGGACCCCACAGAGGAGAUAGAGAUCCUUCUUCGCUAUGGCCAACACCCCAAUAUCAUCACCCUGAAAGAUGUGUAUGACGAUGGCAAAUAUGUGUACCUGGUGACCGAGCUGAUGCGGGGUGGGGAGCUCCUGGACAAGAUCCUUCGGCAGAAGUUCUUCUCGGAGCGUGAGGCAAGCUCCGUGCUACACACCAUCUGCCGGACCAUGGAGUACCUGCACUCCCAAGGGGUGGUGCACAGAGACCUGAAACCCAGCAACAUCCUGUAUGUGGACGAGUCCGGGAACCCCGAAAGCAUCCGAAUCUGUGACUUCGGCUUUGCCAAGCAGCUUCGAGCAGAGAAUGGGCUCCUCAUGACGCCCUGCUAUACUGCUAACUUUGUGGCCCCAGAGGUCCUAAGGCGCCAGGGGUACGACGAAGGCUGCGACAUCUGGAGCCUGGGCAUCCUCCUCUACACCAUGCUGGCUGGAUACACUCCCUUUGCAAAUGGCCCCAGUGAUACCCCAGAGGAGAUCCUGACCCGGAUCGGAGGAGGAAAAUUCACUCUCAGUGGUGGAAACUGGGAUACAAUUUCAGAGACAGCCAAGGAUCUGGUGUCCAAGAUGCUGCACGUGGACCCCCACCGGCGCCUGACUGCCAAGCAGGUCCUCCAGCAUCCGUGGGUCACUCAGAAGGACAAGCUGCCCCAGAGCCAGCUGUCCCAUCAGGACGUGCAGCUGGUCAAGGUAAGUGCAGACGCCGCCUGCUCCCUGGCCUCUGCGGGCUUUGGGGCUGGGCCCGUGAUGUCGCUGAAGCUACCACCCAUUUUCCCAUUCAAUCCGGCUUCCCCCCGGUGCCCUGCCUGGAUGGCACCAAAGCUGGCACGAUCAGCACGGGGAACUCCUUCCACAAGCCGACUAGCUCUCCGGCCCUCCAGGGAAAGCCCCGCCACAGGGCAGGUUAGCGUUUUCUUCACAACUUAGCCUUUUUUUUAAAUCUAUUUUUAUGUGUUUUUGACUCCCUGUCUAGUACCAUGCCAGGCUCAUCGAAUGUUUAAUAAGUUUAAAAGAAUCUAUUUUAUUUAUCCCACUUACAUGGGGAAUAAAUGUUUUUUAAAAUGUCGAGCUCCAAAUUCUUCCCCUCUCUUCACUCCUUGAGAAGGCAAGCGAUCUAAUGGUGGGCCCUUGCUUGACCGGAAGCCCUGGAGGGGGGCUCCGCUUCCUUUCUGCGGGUCCCCGCUUGGCGCUUGGGCAUGGAUCGGGGGAUCGGGGUCACCUUCUCCUGCUCCCUCCCACCCUUUCAGGGCGCCAUGGCUGCCACCUACUCCGCCCUGAGCAGUUCCAAGCCCACCCCCCAGCUCAAGCCAAUCGAGUCCUCGAUCUUGGCCCAGCGACGGGUGAAGAAGCUGCCGUCCACCACGCUGUGAAGGGUCCGGGGAGCACGCCGGAGGCCGAAGGGCCGCGCCGUCACUAGACUCUGCACGUGGCGCUCCACCUGCCUGCACGGGGACCCGGGAGCUCCCGGAAAGCAGCCCACCACCACGGCUCCGUGGGAGGACAGACGAGGGGUUUGCAAAGUGCCUUCCUGCUCCCGAAGCACGGCCCAUCCUUGGCAGGAGCGUUCCUGACUCCAAUCCAUCCCUGGACAAGCAAGGCGGGCAGGGGGCGGGCGGCGCUUUCCAGGAGCUCUUUGGAAGGAGACGCUGACUACAGACAAAGGGAGGGCCGCUUCCUCUCCGAAGGGGUUCCGUCUGCCUCCAGGGGAAGUUGGAGCGCGGGAUGCCUGUCUUUGGUGCUCCCUGGACGCCCUCUCGCCCAGGCCCUUUGUCCAGCAGUACGUGGAUUCUUUCUCCCGGAUCCUCUCGGGCCUCGCUUCGAGCCAGAGCACUGAGCGGCCCUCUGCGGCCAGCGGAGCCGGAAGCAGCCCAGGAACAAUCAGAGCGCAGGCUCGCGCCCUCCCCCGCCUGGCCAGGGGCUUGGGGUCAGGAAGCACUUUCUGAAUGACUUGAGACUCCCCACUGGACAGCACUCCUUGGAGCCAAACAUAGUUUUUUGAGAGUAUGUUGGGCUUAGGGAAGGAGAGAGAGGGAGAGAGUUUGGGGCUCAUCUUUGUCUUUGUUUUUUUAAAUUGAUUCCUUGGCUGGUUACUCAGGGUUCGUCUGUCUGUAAGCUUUCUAAUAAACUUAUUGCUGAGUUGA